AUGAGCAUAAUUGACAAAUAUCUCAUUUUUUAGAAAUAAAAUUCAGGGACAGAACAAAUGGAAUAGUUCUAUUUGAAAUAUGAGUUUUGCUAAUUCUAAAGCUUAAAAAGUUAAAUAAAUCAUGAUAAAAUAAUUGGAUUCUGUUUAACUUAUCAAGAAAGAGGAAUUGAAAUUAUUUACUAAUGUAGCGCAGCAAUCCAGUAAUCGGAGAAUGAUUAAAAAGUUUUACUAAAAUAGCUUAAGGCUCACACAAUAAAAAAUUUCAGACUAUCUUCAUUCAACUUCUUGGAAACACUAGGAGAAGGUUUGACUUCAAAAGUAUAUAAAGUAAGCCAUCUUAAGAAAGAUAAUAAUAUUUUCGCUCUUAAGGUUAUAAAUAAGAUUCAAAUUGAUGAGGAUCUUCAGCAAUCUCUGAUUGAUGAAGUAAAAAUAUUGAGGAAACUUAGAAAUUGCUAAAACGUGAAUCGCUUGUAUAAGAUAUAUGAGACUUCAAAUAAUUUAUACUUGCUUCUAGAAUAUAAAGAGGGAGGUGACCUCAAAAGGGGAAUAAUUCAUCGAGAUUUGAAGCCAGACAAUAUAUUAUUGAAUUAAAAAUAAAGAGUUGAAAACGAUAUCACAUUAGCAGACUUUGGAUUUGCAGUAGACAUAUCCAAAAAAUAUCCAGACGAAGCCCUUAUAUGUGGCACCGCUGGUUACUUCGCCCCAGAAAUAUUGCAGGGCUAAAGAUACUCAAAUAAAUCAGAUAUCUUCAGUACUGGAUGCAUUUUAUAUAUGUUGAUGACUAAUAAAUCAUUAUUUACAGGAUAACAUUAACGAGAAAUUUUAUUAAAAAAUAAACGUUGCUUAUUUUCAUCAAAUAUGAAUGAAGAAAUAAAAAAAUAUUCUAAUGAUCUUCAGGACCUGCUAAAUCGAUUAUUAAUUUGUGAUUAAAACUUAAGACCUAAUGCUGCUGAUGCUCUUUCACAUAAAUUAUUUGAUGAGAUUGAGGAAGGAAUCAAAGAAUCUUUAAUACUCAACUCAAUAGAUUUAGAAGUUGCUAAUUCAGAAAUGGUUAGACAAAAGUUAUAUGAUAUCAGUAUUUUUAAUUAGCACAAACUCUUAGAAAACUUAGAAACAAAUGAUUUAUGGAAAAUAGAAGGAUAAAAGGACCCAACUGGCAUAACUUCACCUGAAUUAAUACAUUAAAAUUAUAUCACAAGACAAAAUAAUAAUAAUAAUUGCUUUGGCAGUCCUUCAAGUUAUCUCUAAAUAAUUAAAAAUUCUCAGAGAAUAAGAGAUGUUAGAAAUCUUGAUAUUGCUGGAUUAAAAUCCUCUGUCUUAGUCACCCCACAAAAAUAGAAAGUUGUCUCGUGUUGA